UUUCUCGCCACACAUCGCAAUCAAUUUCACUCCUUUUCCCGCUCAACAAAAAAAAAUUCCGAGUUUCCAAUGCUACGAUUCGAAGCGUCGGUUCCUUUUCAACAGUUCCGAAGCCGUAAUAUGUCCGUGCGAGCAGAGGUGGCCGUGGCCGUGGCUGCGCCGGACCGGCGGAGCCUCUACGAGGUCCUCCGCGUGAAGAGGAACGCGUCGCAGGUGGAGAUCAAGACGGCGUACCGCACGCUCGCCAAGCUCCACCAUCCCGACGCGAGGGCGCGAUUCAUGAAUUCCUCGAUCGCGGACUGCGGAGACUUCAUCGAGAUCCACAACGCCUAUGCCACGCUGUCGGAUCCCAAUGCGAGAGCGGAGUACGAUCUGAAUUUGACUGUUGAUUCGCGUGCCCCCGGCGUGUCUGGUUGCCGGAGAUUUGACCAGACGCGUCGAUGGGAGACGGAUCAAUGCUGGUAAUCGCUUAACGAGUGUGACAUAAAUUCUUCGCGAUCCUUUUGAUUUUUCCGAUUUUAGAAGGGGGAAAUUGUAGGUAUAUUCUUUUCUUCUUUUUUUUAGCUUCGUUGUUUGGGAUUCUUAACAAUGACAUUCAGAGAAUUAUAACUGAGAAUUUGUUGUGAUUGAAGCAGAAUUUCAUGCUAUUUGUUCUUCCUUUCUAAGGGGGGGCAUAAAUGUGACGUGGAAAUAAAUAUGAAGGCGGGCUUAAAUUA